CACUCUUUCUCGCCUUACCUUUCUUUUUCGCCUUACUUUUUACUUGCCUAACAGGUAGUAGAUACCCAGCUUCUAAAUAUAGGUAUGCUACUCUCGAUACUUUACUCCAAUAGCCGCUACUAUUGCUACAUAUUUCUACAUAUUUCUACUAUCUGCUGCUAUGGCUACCCAGACAAGCAAUGAUAGUUUUCACACCAGUCUCAUCAGCUAUAUAAGACACGUUGGCACCCCAGAAUUCCCACACAGCAGAGGCUCAACCAAAUCUGGUAUCUCAAACGAAAUAUUCCAACAUUACGAUGCAGCAAGUACUACCCCGGGGGCCUCCAACUGAUGAAGAGCGCCAGCUCUACUACAAGGGGCUCCCUUCUCGCCCCAACCUCGUCGCGCGAUCAAGCACACAUGAUUGGGUAAAUACAUAUAGUUUCGACCGUAUUAGGUGUAUGUAUUCCUAUGCGGAUCCUAAUCUUUAUGUACUUCGCCCGGUUGGAAGUUACCCGCAUUUACAUCGGCUGUGGAAUGAUGCAUCGUCUUCGCUUAGGGUCCAGAUUUUACGAGCUCUCAGCAGGGCCAACUGGACUGCCAUUGAUAUUCUACGUGUCUGUAUCAAUGGGCAAAACCCUAUCACGCUCAUGGUAGCUGUCACCCCUGGGUCGCUAACCUGGAUCGAGGGUUAUGCUAUCGUAAGGGAAUGCAAAUCUAUUUUCGUAAGGUAUGGUAUCUUCUUGGACUGUGAGAUACGCGAAUCUGUGGUCACUUUCUGCACCGCGGAUCAGCUCGAGACAAGUUCUACCGCCGAAGCCUCUGUCGACUCUUCUGCCGAUUCUACAAACAAGACAGGCUCAACGAAAACCUUUCAGCUCUUUUCCGGACCAAUGCCAGAAAACGACCACUGGAUGUAUGCAACUACGUGGACAAACUUCUCUGACGUGCUUGGCACCACGAUCGCCAUGAAACACAGAGAUUCUCUUACAGGCACGAAAGGCCUGUACCUCUCUUUGUCACCAUCUUCUCCUGAAGCCGAGCCCAAAAUCCUGGCUUUGACUUGCAGACACGUGGUGAUUGAUUCCAAAACAGAGGGCGGUUUAGAAACAUACUGUCGCCCAGAGUCUGCUCCCUUCAAAGAUGUCAUUCAAGUGGGCCAGCCGUAUUAUGAGUACAUGGUCAAAUCAUUGGAGCACAGAAUAUCAAGCUACCGCAAAGACUCUAAACACUUUAAUGGCCGGAUCCCCUGCUCACCUUGCGCGAAGAACGCCGUCUCUCUCCAACAUGCCAUAACGCCAUUCAAUGCCGCUUCCUCCAGGGUUUUUGGUCAGCUUUUAUACUCGCCUGAGUUGAAUACUACGGCAACCGAGCCUGGGGCGCAAUGGUUAAGAGACUGGGCAUUGAUCGAACUACUUCCAGGAUCCCACCAAUCUCCUCUCAGUUUAAUAAAGAACAAAGUGGAUAUUGGAUCGGUUGUUGACUUUCUCACUGCGCUCUUUGGACGCAAACAAGUGGUCAUGGAUAUGAAGGCGGAAUACGGCUGCCAAACCAUGCAAAGCAGUGUCGUCCCAACCGACCAAAUUUUCAAAUCCGAUUGCACCACUGAGGAUGAGUCAAUGAUGGUGAUAAAAUACGGAUUGAGGGGAACGUUUACGUUGGGUCAUGGGAGUACGUUAAAAUCGAUCGUUCGCUAUCCAGAAACCCCAGGCGGCGUAAAGCGGGAGAGUGAAGCAUGGGCCAUAGUAUCAGUUGUACCCGCUAGAGUGUGUCUUCAAGAAGCCUUCUCAAUAGCAGGGGAUUCUGGCGCUUGCGUUUGGGAUAUGGAGCGACGACCUGCCGGUAUGAUCACGGCAGGCAGCGGUUCCUCCGAACAGGUGUACGACAUUACAUAUGCGCAGCCGUUGGAGGGAAUACUGGCGGACAUGAAAUCAUGUGGCUACGAUGUGUCUCUGGUUUAAAAUAGGGAGUUGCUAUUUAGCAUCCCAAGGACUGCGUUGGUUUGAGUAUCGAAGUUGGAUGUAAAAGAAGGCUCUUUAUUUACUACUAUCUAUAUGUAGUAAAUACCCGUUUCUUCUAGUAUUUGCUAUUAUAGC